CUCUGACCCCGAGUCCCCGCCCCUUCCGGUCCGCGCGCGGCGGCAGGAGCCUCACCGGCAGCGCGGCGGGGGGGCGCGAGUCAGGCGGGGGGCGCCGCCGCCAUGGCCGCCGCCUUCAGGAAAGCCGCCAAGUCCGGGCAGCGCCCGCACCGCGAGCGGGCACAGCCCGCCUUCCGGCAGAAGCUGGGCCUGCUGGAGAAGAAGAAGGACUACAGGCUCCGCGCCGAUGACUAUCACAAGAAACAGAAUGCCCUCAGAGCACUUCAGAAGAAAGCGCUGGAGAAAAAUCCUGAUGAGUUCUACUUUAAAAUGAUACGUGCUGAGCUCCAGGAUGGAGUUCAUAAAAUAAAGCAGCCAAAGGAUGAAGUGACCCCUGAGCAGGUGAAAUUGAUGCGGACACAGGACAUUAAGUAUGUGGAAAUGAAAAGAGUGGCGGAAGCCAAGAAAAUCGAGCGGCUGAAGUCAGAGCUCCAUCUUCUGGAUGCUGAGGGGAAGAAUCCCAACAAGCACGUGUUCUUUUUUGAUACCAAAAAAGAAGUUCAAGAGUUUGAUAUUGCAACUCAUCUGGAUACUGUUCCAGAGCUUGUAGAUAGAGUGUACAACCGACCCACCGUUGCAACAUUACAGAAGGAGACGCUGAAAGGAGCUACUGAUCCUGCCCACUUAAAGAAAUUAGCCCAGCAAAGGAAGAAUCAGUAUGACCUCCUGAAGCAGCGGAUUGAAAGAGAAAAAGCCAUGUUUGUUAUUGCACAGAAAAUCCAGACACGUAAAGAUCUUUUGGACAAAACUCAUAAAGUAAAGAUGAAGAAGGAGACAACAAACAGUCCAGCUAUUUACAAAUUCAAAUUUCAGCGGAAACGUUAGCCAUGCCAUUAAAUAAUUGUUACAGUCUUUGCUUAGAAAGGGAAAGGAUUCUCUUUCGAAGGAAGACUAAUACACCGUACCAGUUUGUUUUUCACUGCAGCCUAGCACUUAGUUAAAACAAAUUACUGUGGGCCUGCAGUAGCCAUAAAUAUAUCUAAUUAAUUGAUUAAUAAA